GUUUUUUUACACUUCAUGAUUCCAUUGUUCUAACUUAACCGAUUCAGACUGUUAAUCAAACUAAAGUGUUGCGUUUUCGUAAUACUGGAAACGAUAUUUUGACCCUCGAGUGUUAUAUUUGUGUCACGGGUUAUUGGAAUAGCGAAAAUAUAUACAGAAAAUAAGUACAAUAUUGAUUCAUUUAGAAAAGAAUAAUAUAAUCAGGAAGAAAGAUUCAAAGGAUUAGCACGUGAUCCAUCGUCGUCAUGGGAUUGUUAACGUUUGUGGGACGCAUAGUCCUGACCGUUUUGAACACGAUCUUCAUUAUGAUCGCCCUUGCCCUGGUGGUGUGCGGCUUUCUACUCCGGUUUGCUCACAACUUGGUGAAAGACAAAAUCCAAGGUGUUCUCGACCAGCUGACGAAGUCCGUGAAAGAUCUCAGUGGUGUCGACCUGAACACGGACAAUUUUGAGUUGGGCACAGUCGUACAGGCUAUCGCCAUUGCUAUGAUCGUCGUCGGCGUCGUGGUCGGGGCCAUCGCCAUAGUCGGCUACUGCAGCGCCUGCUGUAAUAUCAGCACCCUGGCUCUUGUGUACGCCAUUGUUCUCAUCGCGAUAUUGUUGGUCCAGGUUGCAGGGGCGGUACUUGUGUUCGCCAGACCGGAACUGCUAAAGAACUAUAUGACGACUGGGUUGAAAGUCUCCUUGAAGAAAUACGGUGGACUGGAAGGUACUGAGACCGAGACCCUCGUCUGGAACUUUGCCAUGCAACAGUUUGACUGUUGUGGUGCUGGGGCCUACACGGAUUUCAACGAUAACACAGCGUGGAAAACCAGCAAGGAAGCGAACGUCCUGACGCCAAUCGCAUGCUGUAAAUCCUUGCCGAGUACAGAUGCAGAGGUUAAAGAGUGUGCCGGGGACUCGACUGAUACCAGUUAUGAUGCAGUCGGCGAAAUAGCAGCAAAAUCGAACUAUAACAAUAACUGCGUAGAUCGUGUCUGGGAGAAACUAGUGACACUGCAGCAGGAAAAGUACUGGUCAGCAAUCGGCAUCUGUUGGGCGUGUCAGCUCGCGAUGAUCAUCUUCGCAAUCCUGAUCUUCAAGGACAGAGGCAUCAAAGGCGGACUGGUCUAGACCUGCGUACUGAUCUAGACAUGCGCAGAGGACACGCAACUGGCGUAUCUAUAAUAAUGUUAUUGUUAUCAUAUUUUUCUUUUAUUGUUGAUGUUGUUAUUUAAGCGUGUGUGUUUUAAAGCUGGACUUUAUUGUGAUAUAUAACUGUUACUUGUUCAUCAGCAUAUAUACAACAAAGGUUGAUACAUUGAAUUGAGUUUCAUAAUACACAUUUUGGACCAAAUUCUGUAUUAUCUUUAGACAAGAAAGACAGUUCUUAAUCUUUUUAAAUGUGGUAUUUUUAAACAAAUACUACAAACCCUGUAUUUAUAAAACAAACAACAACACCAGACUUUCGGUGCUGGGAAAUAAGCAUCUAUGAAUAUGCAAUAGAGCGCGAAAGUGUAUUUGGUGUGAUUUGUUGAACGUGAAAAAGGAUCGAUGUCUUAAUUGUUAAUCUUAAUUAUUAUAUGUUUCUUAUGUUACAUGAGCUACAAAUAAACAAACGUAUAGUAAAGCAAA